AAAAAGGCAGCCGGGCCUCGAGUCGCUCUUUUUCUCCUUCUUCCUUCGCCUCUCCCCCCCAGCCUUCAAUCUACAUACUACUACUCGACAAAAACACCCCUUCCAGUCGACCAAGGAAGGGUGUCUAGGUAUAUAACAGGAUAAACAACACAGAGCAACACGCAUUUGGUCGAGCAAGGGAGCAGAAAGAAGAAAGCAAAAAGGACAACAGACCGACCAACGCCGCCAGCCAAUCGUGUACCGCGAAUCAGCACAGCAGCAUCAGGUCGGGUGUUAUCCAGCGUUUGGCUUGGGCGUGUUUGUAAGUGGGGAGGGCAGCCGAGAGGUGCAGUAGUGCACGAAGAGAGAAGCACUGAAAAGAGGAGACCAAAACAACGGCACGGUCGACGCGAUUCUUGCGAGCUGCACAGCGGCCCUGGGCGAGACUCGAGCAUCUGCCGGCGGAGGGAGGACACGAGAAGCCCAAGAGAAAAACAACAGACUGCCGCUGGACUUGGCGCUGGGGAAUGAUCGCGUGAGGCUUCAUUCACCACUCUGGGAACCAUGGACUCGACGCGAGGGCCCGCGGCCGAACCAGCGCUCCCCGCCCCGACACUAGCAGCAGCUUCGUCGACUCUAUCAGCUUCAUCGGCCGCUUCAUCGGCAUCGGCAUCGGCAUCGGCUUCGUCAACAGUGUCAUCAUCAGCUCCCGCUGCAGCUGCAGCUUCGGCAACUGAAUCAUCAUCAACCACAACAACAACAACAAAGUCAUCGUCAACUGCAUCGCCGUCAGGCUCGCCCCUCAAACGCCCGCCCCCGUCCCUGCUGCCGCCCUUUGAGCCUCUCUCGUCCUCGCCCGGCCUGCCCCGGCCGUCCAAACGCCAGAAUGUCGGCACCGGCUCGGGCACAGGCGCCCAUCUGCGGUAUCCCACGCCCGUGCCCACGUCCAGCACCGGCAUCUUGUCCAGCUCGCCGCUGCGUGACAAGAUGAGCAUCGGGCUGAUGGAGCGCGCGCCGCUGUCGGCCGUGCCGUCGAUUGAGCUCAACGAGAACGGCGAGACGCUGCUCAUGGGCCGCUCGUCCAACUCGUCGCACUUCCAGCUGUCGGCCAACCGCCUCAUCUCGCGCGUCCAUGUCCGCGCGCGCUACGUGCAGGCCGCCACGCCGCUCGAGGCCAGCAAGAUUGAAAUCACCUGCAACGGCUGGAACGGGCUCAAGCUGCACUGCCAGGGCCGCACCUGGGAGCUGCUCAAGGGCGACAGCUUCACCAGCGAGACCGAGGGCACCGAGAUCAUGGUCGACGUCCACGACGCCCGCGUGCUGAUCCAGUGGCCCAAGCGCAGCUCCUCGGCCGCCGACGCCAACGGCCUGCUGUCCGAUGCCAGCUGGGAGGACUCGCCGCCGCCCGCGGGCACGCGCGCCGCCUCGACCGCGAAUCUGCAGGCGUCCCCCCUGCGGAGGGCCGCGCGCAUCCAGUCGCCCGACAGUCCCACGCCGGCCCCUCGCCGGCGGUCUGUGGUAGCAGCAGACGACGACGCCGGCAUCCAGAUCUACGAGGACGACGACGACGACGACUACAUGCCGGACUCUGACGACCGCGAGGACCCGGACAUGGCCGCCAGCAUGCGCACCGAGGCCACCGCCAGCUUCUCCAGCGACGAGGGCUCCGGCGAGGACGACGAGAGCGACCCGGAUGAGGAAAACGAUCCCGUCGUCCUCUCCUUUGGCCCGUACGGCGCCAACAUCUCGACGCGUCUCGCGUCCAUUACGACAAAGUCGCCUCGCGUCACGAAGCGAUCCCUGAACAAGGGCUCGUCUGAGACGCUUCGGCCGAGCAAGCUGGGCCGGAGCUCCGAGGACAAGGACGCCGAGGCCGGUCUCCGGAAACCCAAGUCGAAGAAGGAAGGAGUAGUCGAAGCCAGGGAGGACGAGGACGAAGAGGAGGACGAGGAAGAGGAGCCGACCAGGGUCCCGUCCGAGGCGGACGCCGCCAUCUCCAACCACGUCGUCAACCAGCUCGCCUUCUCCCGGCUGUCCUCGACGCCGCUGUCGACCAUCAUGCACAACCUGCCGGCCGAGCAGAUCAAGGACAUUUCCCGCGACGCCCUGAGGCUGCUGAUCGAGACGACGCCCUGCAUCGGCAUCAUCAAGCGUCAGGGCAAGGACGCUGCCGGCAAGGCCCUGGAGAGCGAGUACUAUUACAUCCCCGAGGACGACACGGACAUGCAGCGACGGGCGGCGGUGGUGGACGGACUGCGGAAGCCCAGCUUGCGGGCGUGUCGGAAACAACACAAGCAAUACUACUGGAAGCGCCCCAAGACGCCUUAGAGCCGCGUGACCAAGAAACGCCAUUACGAUGAGAAGAGUAAAGAUUGGAAAACUGUUGAAAGAGCGAAAGAGAGGCAAGGAUUCCAGGGAGGAAGGAAAAAAAGACAUGGAGGAACGAUUGACUGACUGAAGCUGACGGAUUGAAAUGUUAUGGGCUCGCAUAUAAAGACGUCAAUACCCCCUUUUCCCGAGGCGCUCCCCGGGCGUAUCACCUGGCUGGGCGGGCUCUUCUGUUUAUCGGUGCAGA